AUGGCUACGUUCAACCCCUACAACGAGAUGGAGAAUCAGGCACGUGUUCAGGAGUACAAGGUCUCCACAGGUAGAGGAGGAGCCGGCAACAUCCAUAGGUCUAUUUCCAAGCCAUCUCCCGUGCUUCUUCCAUUGAAAUCCAACUCAAAGCCAGCUGCAAACAACAGCAGUAAUGGAGGCAAUCAGGAGAAAGUUCCGCGUUUUGCCAUUGGCAGGGGCGGCGCUGGCAAUAUCUUUCAUGAUCCGCAUCUGACAAGGUCCGCUCAGCAACUAGACUCCAACGAUAAUAUCAACUAUAACGACGUGAUUAACGACAUUGACGACUAUAUCUCGCCUAUAACUUCAGACAUGGGCGAGGAAGGCGAGGGGAAUCCGGUGACCAACACCAGGUCUCGUAUUAGCGCCACAAGAAGUCACCAAUCGCUACAUGCCACCACUUCAUCUCCCAACAAUAAGGCGCCGAUUGUUGUUGGUAGAGGGGGUGCAGGAAACAUCUUCUUUAAUAAAAAGAAAGUGUCCAGCAGUGGGGGAAAUGAAGAGGAUGAGAUACGAGGCAGCAAUUACGAGGAUGAGGAUACGAUCAAUGCAAACGAGGAUAAUCUUUUCGUGGUGACUUCGAAUGGCAAUGCAUUGGCGGCAAUCAAAUCUGCUUCCAAGAAACCCAAAAAUAAGCAUAAGGGCAAAAACGUGCCGGAAAAAUUCGCCAUUGGCAGGGGCGGUGCAGGAAACAUAAUCUCGCCCAAGUCAAGUAGGAAUACUAUACAGCACAACUCUAACGACGAGGACGGUGGCAAAGGAGAUGAAGUUUAUGUGAAAGAUGACAAUAGUAAAGAAAAGAAGAAGAAGAAGAAGAAGAAAUCGGGAUUCUUCAAUUCCUUGAAAACUAUGUUUAAUUGA